CUAACCCACUCAGCAUCCCCGUCCCACACAGUCUGACACGGAGGAGUGAGACGGCUCACUGAACACGAAGUGGAAAGUGAGAAGAGAGGUGGAACAUUUGGGCACAGCGUUUUUAGUCUGGAUUGUUUUGGCGCGUCUUUAAAGUCCACCUUGGAUCGUUUUUGGACAACAUUUUUCUGCACUGUUUGCCUCUUGGAUUUUGAUUUUUAAUUUUUCACUUAAAUGGCAGCUCUAAGUAUGAUUUCUUCACACCUGUUCCUGUUGAUGUUCAACUGUUUCCUGGGUGCUGCAUUAGUUAGGACCAUGAAAGGGGGCGCUGGGAGCGCACAGGACAUUAGUGUCCUCCAAUCCUCUUCAGACCCGUUCUCAGAAGACCUGGAUCAGGACAUGGUCUCCCAGCACAUGUACAAACUGUACGAGAAAUACAACAGUGAAAACCGCCUCAGAGAGGGAAAUACUGUCAGGAGUUUCCGAGCCGGCCAAGACUCCUCUGACGACAAGAUGGUGUACCGGCUAAACCUUACAACCCUCCAGGACUCAGAGGUCAUCCUCUCUGCCACAUUCCAUUUCCUGCUGUAUCGGCAUCUUCAUCAAAAACCCUGGUUCUGUAAACAUUUCAAAAGCCCAUCCUGUCGUUCCUCAGCCGUCCACCCUUCUCCGUCCAUCAGCCUGCUCCUACACUCUGUCCCCUCUAGGUCAGAGGUCAGAUCUGGGUCAAUGGGGUCAUUUCUAGGCAAUGUGACCUUCCACCCCCACCGGAGAGGGGUGUGGCAGAUGAAAGAUGUGACCCAGGUCAUAAAGGAGGCACGGGACAAGGGUCAUCUCCUUGUAUCAGUGGAGUUGGACUUAGGGCAGCAGUACCAAAGAAAACCAGAGGAGGCACUGUCUGCUGGCAGCAUGCCCUACCUGUUACUGUAUGCUGAUGACCGUGCCUUGGCAGAGCCCAACAGCGUGGCUGCAAGCCUUCAGAGAUAUGACCCGUUCAGUGAGGGAGGAGAGCCCUCACAUUCCUCCCAGGACUCUCAGCUCCUGCACAGACCUAACUCCUCACCAGAGUCAAAAGGACGCGUGAGAAGGGAAGCAACUCUGCUCUCCGACCCCAUUCAGAACAAUGAGCUGCCUGAGGUUGACUAUAGGCCUCAUGUAUACAGGAAGGAUGACCAUUGGGAGAGCACUUGGUACCUGGCACUCAAACCCAAGCCUAAAUCAGGAAAGAAGGAAAAGAAGAGAAAGAGCCAUGAGGAAGAAGGAGCGGAGCAAGGUAGAGGAGCACAUGAUAAAGAAGAACCUCUGGUUCUUACAGAAGGAGAAAGAACAUCACAAGGGCUCAAACCUGAUAACUCAGCUGUGAAAAAACUCAAAGACAGUCGCAUGCUGGUGAUGAGCGACGGACAAAAGCAUGAGCGCAGAAAUGAGGAGAAGGAUGGAAAAAAGCACAAGGGGAACACAAACUCUCAGUCACCUGUUCUGAGUUUUGAUGAACAAACGAUGCGUAAGGCCAGGAAGAGGCAGUGGAGCGACACCCAGCACAGAGGCUGCUCCAGGAGGAACCUCAGGGUGGAUUUUGCAGACAUUGGCUGGAGCGAGUGGGUUAUAGCACCCAAGGCAUUUGAUGCCUACUACUGUGCUGGCACAUGUGGAUUUCCCAUGCCCAAGGUGGCGAGGCCAUCUAACCACGCCACCAUCCAGAGCAUAGUCCGAGCCGUUGGGAUCAUCCCGGGAGUUCCUGAGCCCUGCUGUGUCCCAGAAAAAAUGAGUCCUCUGGCUGUGCUGUUCCAGGAUGAAUCCAGGAACCCAGUGCUCAAAGUUUACCCCAAUAUGUCCGUCCAGUCCUGCUCCUGCAGAUAGGGAGAGUGGCCAACGGGGCAGAGGCCUAAACACGGUGGAUGUGGAGAGAAACAGUAAAAGGGACUAAUGGAGAAAGAACCUCUGCUUGUUAAGUGGAUUCUUGAUACUGAGAAACAAAGUCACUUUGGCCGUUGUUAUUCCUUGAAGAACAUAAGCUGUAGAGAAAUCACUUCCAUUUCUUCUGUCCUGCGGCAGCAGACUUGAAGAGACAUAUUGUCUGUCGUCUGCCCUAGCAAGAGGAACAGAGUCACACAUGUAAAGUCAGGGCUCCACAUGUCCAAGAAGCCCAGUUGUUUUGAUUCUGUGUUUGAGAUAAUAUUGAGAUUGAUUUCAUGGACAGAAACAUUUAAGGGAUGUUUUCCUUUUAUCUCAGAAUGCACUUGCUUUUCAAACAGCUCACAGUGAGUUUGUGUUAAUGUUUUCUUCAGACACAAAGGCUACAAAUAAAAGACUUUAUUAAUGUGUCGUCAGGCAGCUUACACAGUCUCAAACAGAUGACAGAGAUUAUGAAACAUAUUUUUACAAUUUUGCAUACUGUGUGCUAAUCACACACCACAUUGUACAUACAUGCAAAGCUAAUUUGUCUGCAAGACAGGAAGGUUAUUGUACAUUCUUGCUCUGUAUAUAUUAAAAAGGAAAUAUCUAAUGGAUUGUAGAGAGCAUCUGGAAUUCAUUUACACCGAGCCAACCCCCUCAUAACACUUCAAGAAUGUUAUAACCAGAAAUAUUUUUCUAUUUUAAAUGUGAAACUUGGUUAAAAAAAGAAUUUGUCAUGGUUACUAGGUUAUG